GAGUCUUCCCGUGUAAGUGAUGACAGCGGCACGGCAAUGCGGAGGCCGUUCAUUCUUAUGAUACCGCAAUCAAGCGUGGCUCACGGGGGGAUUUUAUCAGCGCAGCGCCAAGUCUAUCCACCGCCGGCCACUGCAAGCGCAUUUGAAAGCGUCUAGACCUCCAUCGGCAGACAUCAUGCUUGUGACUGUCCAGUGUCUGAGCUCCUGUCCAAAGAAGCAGCUUCUUUGACUUCCCAGAGGGCUGCCACAGAGGCUCAUUCGCCGGCACUCACACCUCCAGCGGCUCAUUCGCCAGCACUCGCGCCUCCAGCGGCUCAUUCGCCGGCACUCCAGUGGCUCAUUCGCCGGCACUCGCGCCUCCAGCGGCUCAUUCGCCGGGACUUGCGCCUCCAGCGGCUCAUUCGCCGGCACUCGCACCUCCAGCGGCUCAUUCGCCGGCACUCACACCUCCAGGCUUGCGGGUUCAGAUUCCCUGCAGCUUACAUGUCCUUGCAUGGUUUUCAGCCCAUACUCCUCUGUCCUCCCUCAGGUCUAUCGGUGGCUCUAAACCUCCCUCUGUCGUCCGUGAGCAUAAGAUUGGCAUCCUGGCUUGGUCUUCAGGUUCCACCACAGCCCUGCACCAGAUAGGCAGUUAUGGAGGAUGGAGCUCUGUGCCUUUGCUGCGUGUCUGUGUUGUGGCCAGUGGGAAUGGUACUGGAGGGCAGCUCAGAGGCCCUGUGCCCCCCCCCCUCGCUGGAGCUCCGUCCGUCCUGCAACAAGAGCCAGCCUUCCCCCACCCUGGGCUCCGGCUCCCAGCCCCACGACGACAUCUACCAGACGGACAAGGAGCAGGUGAAGUACGGGGAGCUCAUCGUGCUGGGGUACAACGGGUCCUUAGCUAAUGGUGACAAAGGCCGCAGGAGAAGCCGUCUGCCUCUUUAUAAGAGACCCAAAGCCAACGGGGUCAAGCCAGAUAUCAUACACAACAUCUCCACCCCCUUGGUGUCUAAGGCUCUAAGCAACAAAAGCCAGCACAGUAUCUCCUACACGCUGUCCAGGAGUCACUCUGUGAUCGUGGAGUACACACAUGACAGCAACACAGACAUGUUUCAGAUCGGACGCUCCACGGAAAGCAUGAUCGACUUCGUGGUGACUGACACGUCGGCCGGCAGCCAGGGGGCCGCGGGGGAGGGUGGGCAGUCGGCUCAGAGCACCAUCUCCCGCUACGCCUGCCGCAUCAUGUGCGAGCGCAGCCCCCCCUACACCACUCGCAUCUACGCCGCCGGCUUCGACUCCUCCAAGAACAUCUUCCUGGGGGAGAGGGCGGCCAAAUGGAGGACUUCCGACGGCUUGAUGGACGGCCUGACCACCAACGGGGUGCUGGUGAUGCAUCCGGCCGGGGAGUUCGUCAGCGAGCCGGCGCCGGGCGUGUGGAGGGAGAUCUCAGUCUGCGGGAACGUGUUCGCCCUGAGGGAAACGCGAUCGGCCCAGCAGAGAGGAAAGCUGGUGGAGAACGAGUCGAACACCCUGCAGGAUGGCUCUCUGAUAGACCUGUGUGGGGCCACCCUGCUGUGGCGCACCCCCGUGGGGCUCAGCCGCACCCCCAACCUGAAGCAGCUAGAAUCACUGCGGCAGGAGCUCAACGCGGCGCGCCCCCAGUGCCCCGUGGGCUUCAACACGCUGGCCUUCCCCAGCCUGGCCCAGCGCGAGAUCGUCGACAAGAAGCAGCCCUGGGUCUACGUCAACUGCGGCCACGUGCACGGCUACCACAACUGGGGCUUUCGCAAGGAGAAGGCGGGGGGCGGCUCGCUGGCGGCCUCCGGGGAGCGGGAGUGUCCCAUGUGCCGGCGUGUGGGGCCCUACGUGCCGCUGUGGCUGGGCUGCGAGGGCGGCCUGUACCUGGACGCGGGCCCCCCCACGCACGCCUUCUGCCCCUGCGGCCACGUGUGCUCGGAAAAGACAGUGCGGGGCUGGAGCCAGAUCCCAUUGCCCCACGGCACCCACGCCUUCCACACCGCCUGCCCCUUCUGUGGCACCUGGCUCACUGGCGAGCAGGGCCACUGCAAACUCAUCUUCCAGGGCCCCCUCGACUGAGCGGGGUGGGGGGGAGGCCAGGAGGAAUGGGAAGAAUGGAAGGGAAAGGGGAGGAGGGGGGUCACUGGGGGGUGUUAAAUAAAAGGGAAAAACAAAACAAGGAGACUGCUGCAUUCUUCUGUGCACGUGGAUGUCAUUUAAACCGAAGGAGAUCAAUAUCAUCACUAGGAAAUAUUAAAUACAGCAUUGAAGUUAUUAAAACUUUAUUUUACCUGCAAAACA